AUGGAUCACACGCGCGAUCCCUGCCCAUGGGUUGCCCUGAGCGACUUCGGAGGUGCCUUCUGCAUGGGUGCCAUCGGUGGUUCCGUCUGGCACGGUAUCAAAGGUUUCCGCAAUAGCCCCUACGGCGAGCGCCGGAUAGGUGCGCUUACUGCCAUCAAGGCGCGCGCUCCCGUUCUCGGUGGUAACUUCGGUGUUUGGGGAGGUCUUUUCAGCACAUACGACUGCGCCAUCAAGGGCAUGCGCAAGAAGGAAGAUCCAUGGAACGCUAUCAUCGCUGGUUUCUUCACCGGUGGUUCCCUCGCCGUCCGUGGUGGUGUUAAAGCUGCCCGAAACUCCGCGAUCAUGUGUGCUGUCUUCCUUGCUGUCAUCGAGGGUGUUGGUAUUGGAUUCCAGCGCAUGAUGGCCGAUAACACAAAGCUCGAGCUCCCUCCCCCUCCUCCCUCCGACCAGAAGGCCCUCGCUUAA